GCUGAGGGGCGCGGCCCACGGCCCACCACAGCCGUGCGCAGACGCAGCGGCAAGCCGAGCAGGUGGCCAACGGUCACUCGCUCCCUUCCUUCGCUCCUGGAAGCUUGCCUGCCGCUUUCCUCUAUUCUCUUCCUCCACCUCUUGGGUGAGUGGCCAUGAGCUGGGCUGUGGGAGCCCUGUGGGCCAGCCGGAGAGUAGGCGCUGCCGGAGCGCAUUUCCUGUGUCUGGGGAUGACACCGUUUCCCCGCCAGCCAGCCUGCAUCGCACACGGGGGCGCUUGGCCCGUCAUCCCCGUGUCCAAGAUGGCGACUGUCAAGUGUGAGCUUAUGAAGCAUUUAAUUUCAGAGGAGGCCGUUCAUCGCAAUAAGGUCUCCAUUAUAGGAACUGGAUCGGUUGGCAUGGCCUGUGCUGUCAGCAUCCUACUUAAAGGCUUGAGUGAUGAACUUGCCUUGGUGGAUGUUGCCGAAGACGAACUGAAGGGCGAGGCAAUGGAUCUUCAACAUGGCAGUCCUUUCGUGAAAAUGCCAAAUAUUGUGUCUAGCAAAAAUUACCGUAUCACUGCAAACUCCAAUCUCGUGAUUAUCACGGCAGGUGCACGCCAGGGAAGGGGAGAAACACGCCUUAAUUUCGUCCAGGGAAAUUUGGCCAUCUUUAAAUUCAUGAUUUCUACUAUUACCCAGUACAGUCCUCACUGCAAGCUGAUUGUUGUUUCCAAUCCAGUGGAUAUCUUAACUUACUUAACCUGGAAGAUAAGUAAAUUUCCCCAAAGCCGUGUUAUUGGAAGUGGUUGUAAUCCGGACACUGCCCGUUUUCGUUUCUUGAUUGGGCAAAGGCUUGGUAUCCACCCUGAAAGCUGCCAUGGGUGGAUCCUUGGAGAGCAUGGAGACUCAAGUGUUCCUGUGUGGAGUGGAGUGAAUAUCGCUGGUGUCCCUCUGAAGGCUGUGAACUCACACAUAGGAACUGAUAAAGAUCCUGAGCAGUGGAAAAAUGUCCACAAAGAUGUGAUUGCCAGCGCCUAUGAGAUUAUUAAAAUGAAAGGUUAUACUUCUUGGGCCAUUGGCCUAUCCGUAGCUGAUUUAACAGAAAGUAUUUUGAAGAAUCUUAGGAGAGUGCAUCCAGUUUCCACCAUAAUUAAGGGUCUCUAUGGAAAUGAAGAAGUGUCCCUCAGUGUUCCCUGUGUCCUGGGAGAGAAUGGUAUUACAGACCUUAUAAAGGUAAAGCUGACCCCUGAAGAAGAGGCUCAUCUGAAGAAGAGUGCAGAAACACUUUGGGAGAUUCAGAAGGACCUCAAGUUUUAAAGUUGUUAAAUCUACCAUUCCGAAGUUAUUGAAGAAGAGAUAGUAGUUAAUGGGGUUAUAGAUGUUAAAUUUUUUAAUAAACUUAGAUUCCUAAAAGUUGGAUAUAGGAAAGGGGAUAGAGUGACUCCCGUUUGUUUAGCCCCCCAGCUCUUUUAUUUAGUAUCCAGAGUUUUUUAAUAAUCCUAAGUGACCUCAUCGAAGGUGUUCUCAUACCAUUGAGGUACCAGUUCUUGCCUUGAAUAUAUAAGUGUAGUUGCCAUUUGGUCCAAAAGAA